AUGUCUGACGCCAUCAUCUCAUAUGCCGCCUUCAUCCUUGCCGACGCUGGCAAGGACAUCACUGCCGAAAACUUAGAAACCAUUGCCAAGGCUGCUGGUGCCAAAGUCGACUCUACUUGGGCAGAAGUCUAUGCUGCUGCUUUGGAAGGUAAGGAUUUGAAAGAAAUCUUAGCUGGUUUCCACGCUGCUGGUCCAGCCGCCGGUGCCGCUUCUGCUGGUGCUGGUGCUGGUGGUGCCGCUGAAGAAGCUGCUGAAGCCGCUGAAGAAGAAGUCGCCGAAGAAUCCGACGACGACAUGGGUUUCGGUUUAUUUGAUUAG